AUGGAGGGUGGGAAUGCAAUCUCUUGCUGUCAUCUGUACCUUCCCCAUCACCUCUCCGCCAUCUCUCCCCUACCCUUUCCAAAUCAUCCCUAUCAGGCUGUCAAUUUGACGCUCUCAUCGCUGGGCAACGAGGUCAAGUUAGAUGUGGUGGUGAAGGCUCAUAUAGAGAUGCCUAUGCCGUCCCCUCAUUUUAUUUUCUCUCUGUUCCACCAUCUCUCUCCCAACUUUCCCCACCAGGCUGUCAAGCUGCCGCUGUCCUCUCUGGGCUAUGAGGGCAAGUACGAUGUGGUGGUGAAGGCGCACGGAGGGGGCCUCAACGCACAGGCGCAGGCCAUGGUUCUUGGUAUCGCCCGUGCCCUCGUUGCUGCCAGCGCUGCCAACCGCCCGCCCCUCAAGGCCCAGGGCAUGCUCACGCGUGAUGCCCGCUCGGUAGAGCGCAAAAAGCAGCUAACAAUGGCGGCAUUCUCGAUGGCUUCGCUCCAAUGCGCGCUCCCGCGCGUCUCUCUCUCGCAGUCCGCGGUCGCUUCGCCCGCGCGCAAGCCCGUCGUGUCCGCCGCUGCCGCCAUGGGCGCGUCGUCGUCGCGCCUCUCCGCGUCGUUCAACGGCCUUCGCCGCGAUAGCCUCAUCAGCCAGUCUUCCGACCUCUCCCCCCUCUCCUCCGUCCUCCCAUCCAACGGCUCGCGCGUCUUCGCGAUGCGCCACGGCCGUCGGAUCGCGCGGCUGGGUCGCCCCGCCGACCAGCGCAAGGCCCUCCUCCGCGGACUCACCACCGAGCUCCUCCGCCACGGCAGAAUCAAAACCACCGCGGCGCGCGCGAAAGCCAUGCGCAAAUUCGUGGACCACAUGAUCACGCUCGCCAAGGGAGGGAGUCUGCAUGAGAGGAGGCAGGCGCUAGGGUUUGUGUAUGAUAAGACGCUGGUGCAUGCGAUUUUCUCUGAUGCUCCGGAGAGGUAUGCGGAGCGGGAGGGAGGGUACACGAGGAUUAUCAGGACGAUGCCGCGACGGGGGGAUAAUGCUCCCAUGUGCUUUAUCGAGCUGGUGUAA